AUGGUCAGAGGAACAGGCAAGUUCAAGACCAAGCGUGGCGGCGGAAGGAAUUUCAGCAAACACCUUGAAAUUGAUGAGAACGGAACUGCUGUAUCACUUGAUAAACGAUGGGCUCCUCGUGGUCAAGAGGGCGAGGCCGACUCAGAUGAGGACAACGAAUUGGAGGAGGAGGAAGAGGAGGAAGAUGAUGAAGAAGAAGAGGGAGAGGGAGAAGAGGCCAGCGGCAGUGCCGCACAGCCUGAGCUAAGUCGUGCUGAGCGAAAGGCGCUCAAGAAGAAACAAUUGGAGCAGAAACAGCCGGAGGGAGAGGACGAAGCAGAUGCAGAUCUAAUAAACCCUAAUCAUGUCGAGAAGAAGAUGAACAUAUCUGAUCUUGGUGCACCCCGAGAGCUAACCCGUAGAGAAAGGGAGGCAAAGGAGAAACAAGAAGCCAAGGAUCGCUACUGGAAGCUACAUCUUGCUGGCAAGACCGAUGAAGCAAAGUCUGAUCUCGCUCGUCUCCGAAAGAUCAAAGAGGAGCGCGAGGCUGCUCAAGCCAAGAGGAAGGCUGAAGCUGAAGCAAAGGCCGCAGAGAUAGAGGCCAAACGCAAGGCAGCCGAGAAGAAACGUACUUGA